GUCAGACAAGGACCAGCAGGACAAGAGACGAUGGACAUCCUUGAGACGGAUGCAGACAAGCAGCAGAAGAGAAACAUGUCAUGUGCUGUGCUCCUGUCUUUCUCGCCGUUCUUUUUGGCUUCGGCCACGUACUUCUACCUGUCCACUCUUGACUUGCCGCCGUCCAUCAUGCUGGCAGGUGUCAAAUCAGCACCGACGCUCCUGCUGGCCGUGACAGUGCUGGGCUGGAACGGAUGUCAGGUUGUACCGGGAGUGGUGGGAGGAUUGGUCUUCUCAGCCAUAGGUGACUUCUGCCUGGUGUGGGACCAGUUUUUUCUCUACGGUAAGAGUCUUUUUCUAUCUCCACGCAUUAGAGUUGUCUGAUUAAUUCCAAAAAGUAAUGCUCAUCAUUGAUUAGCAUGGAACCUACAAAUCCCAGACAGCGAAAAAUCUCAACCCAAAA